AAUGGCGCAGUUCUACAUUUUUGGAGUCCUCCUUAUUCUUUCUGGCUUGCACUGCUCAUGGGGAUUCCACGAAGAGACACAUUAUCCGUGUGCCUUUAUCGAUACGGCAAACAUAACGGGGAGCUACGGCUUGGAUGGCCCAUUUGUGCACAACUGGACGGUGAUUCCCCGUCACUUCGUAGCCGUGUACGACUUUGUCAUCAAGAAUGGCAUCCGCAUUCCGGCAAACAGGCAUCUCAGAGCCUGUGUCUGUAAGACCAAACCCUGUGUACGGAUUUGCUGUUUAUGGGGAGAAAUCUACGACCUGGGGAGGAGGCAGUGCUUAGUCCCUGCGGCCAGGGUGUCCAGCCUUCCCUCCCAUAGCCACAUGGAGGUGGAGUUGGGCAACGGCAGUCUGCGGCUGGUGAAACUCCAACCCCGCUUUAGCAUCCACGUGGAAACACCGUGUGAGCACAUGAAAGCCGUAACCAAGGGAUCGGAGUACGUUCACUGGACACUUCAUGAGAACGGAACCAUCAGCCACCGAGGUCACAUAUUUUCUAAGCAUUACUGCUUCACUCCGCUGCUCCACCGGAACUCCACCUGGGAGUGGCAGCCAUUGGCCUGUGCACCAAAAAAACUAUAUUUCGUCUUGGGUGUGCGGGAGUGGACAUACGCUAUAUGCCUCUUGAUAGCUAUUCUAUCAAUGUUUAUCGUGCUAAUGGUCUACCUUGCGUGUUCGGAAAUGCGCAACAGUUUCUACGGUGUGGCCAUAAAGGCGUACACCAUCUGUAUGAUCUUGGGAUAUGCCCUCCUGGCAUAUCUCACGCUCCACAACCCAGCAAAUCUCUCAAAUGCGGCUUGUCGUAUUCUACCAAGUUUGGCAUUGAUGAACUUGGUGCUUUCCUUUUACAUUCUGAGCUUUAUUGCUUUUAAGCUUUACUUGAGCUUUUAUGGAGUUGUCUUCACAAAACUGAUGUUUUGGCUAAUAUUUACUCCCAUCGUACUGGUAGCCGUGGGCUGGUCUUUCUUUGUGGGUUUCAGUUAUUACGGCUCUAGGCUAAUCUUCGGAGGCGAUACAUGCUGGUUUGAUCCACGCAAUUGGUCCAUUAUGAUAUAUUUGUACGCUCCUGUUUUCGUGGCUUGCGCCAUUAGCGGUUUUUUCUAUGUCCUAAGCCAGAUCUACAUCCGUGAUCAGCCAGAUAUCGAGACGGAGAAGAGCUUCGAGUCCAUCGAGAAGAACCGCUUCAGAUCAUUUUGGAAGUACGUUGGCUACACGGCAGUCGUAUGGGUCGUUUGCAUAUGCUCCUUUGCCUUUAACUACUACUGGGAAAACAGAUCGCACCUUAACUACGCUGUAAGCUUCUGCAUGGCCUUCCACGGGUUUGCGGCCCUCUAUGCGCUGAUUGGAAAGAAUCAGCAAAUCCAAAACUUUUUGCGGCGCAUAGAUAAUGGCGAAGAUACUUGUGAAAACUCAGUUCCGCUCUCGAGUUUUGGUUAACUUUUCUUAUUGUGCCCACUGUACCGUUAGUGUAACUGGAAGCAAUUAAGUGUAUCGACAAUAUCUAAGCAAUGUUUUUAAAAUCACUUAUCAGCAUAUACAAAAACCAUGUAUUUUAAAUGUAAAAUUUGGUAAGAUGUGUGUAAAAUAUAUUUGCAAAAUUUGAAUUCGAUCAAAAUAGUAUACUUCUACCCCUUAAACAGAAUUACAAUAAUAAAGAUACAAUUGUUAAAUAUGAUAA